CUGCAUCCCUGAUGCCUCCUCGUCUGCUCUCAUGACUGCAGCAGCUCGACAUGACUUCACACAUGAUAAGAGCUCCACAAUAAUCUUCCAUCAGCACUGACCCAACCUCGCCGCCCCUCUUUCUGCCUCCUCGCUGCUGCUGUUGUUUAAGGCUUUCUGCCUGUGCUGUAGUAAAUAAUUUAUUGUCAGCGGCGCUACCUACAGGUCCUAGUGCGGAGAAAACACUCCUGCUCGUCAUUCCUGCAGUGUUCACUCUGGCAGCAGCUCCUGAGAGAGACAGAGAGAAAGAUUGCAUAGAUCCAAGGAAGCUGCAGAGCACCCACACCCACGGAGGAUACACAGGACUCCCCCUCCUCCCUCCCUUUCUUUCUCUCACUCUGUCUCUCUUUCUCGUGCUCAGCUCUGCACUCAGCAUUAUCAGAUCUGUUGGGGCUGUAGGUACGCUGACCAUCGCCUCUCAACAAGCCACUUGAGGAGAAACUUCAAGAAGCUCAUCAGCUUCCCUUUCCUCCUGCCCAAGGAUGCUGAAGCUCAGACAAGGAUGGACAAGGCUGAUCUGCUUGUCGCUUCUGUGCCUGUGUCUCAGCCUGCUGGGGGAAUCAAACGCCAGGAGAGCCCCCAAGAUACCCCGCUGUCCUGCUACCUGCUCCUGCACCAAAGACAGUGCUUUCUGUGUGGAUACUAAGGCUAUCCCCAAGAGCUUCCCCCCUGGAAUCAUCUCUCUAACGAUGGUGAAUGCAGCCUUUACUACGAUCCCAGAGGGAGCCUUCUCUCACCUUCACCUCCUGCAGUUCCUGCUAUUGAACUCCAACACAUUCACCACCAUUGCUGAUGAUGCCUUUGCUGGACUGUCUCACCUGCAGUACUUGUUCAUUGAGAAUAAUGACAUCCAGGCUCUCUCAAAGUACACCUUCAGAGGACUCAAAUCCCUGACUCAUCUAUCUCUCUCAAACAACAACCUGCAGCAGCUGCCGAGAGAUCUCUUCAAACAUCUAGACAUCCUCACUGAUCUAGACCUGCGGGGGAACUCUUUCCGCUGCGACUGUAAAAUCAAGUGGUUGGUAGACUGGAUGGAGAAAACCAAUACUUCUGUUCCUGCUAUCUACUGUGCCAGCCCCUUUGAAUUCCAGGGACGCAGAAUCCACGACCUCACACCGCGAGACUUCAACUGCAUCAGCGCAGAUUUUGCUGUUUAUGAAACCUUUCCUUUCCACUCUGUGUCCGUGGAGUCCUAUGAGUUCAAUGAGGAUCAGUUUGUGGCCUUUGCUCAGCCUGACACAGGGUUCUGCACCUUGUAUGUAUGGGAUCAUGUAGAGAUGGUCUUCAGAAAGUUUCACAACAUUACCUCUCGCUCUGCUGUGUACUGCAAACCAGUGGUGAUAAACAACAGCAUUUACAUGGUUGUUGCUCAACUGUUUGGAGGAUCUCAUAUUUACAAGUGGGAAGAGGACCCGCAGCGCUUCGUGAAGAUCCAAGACAUUGACACCACUCGAGUAAGGAAGCCCAACUUCGUGGAGACCUUUCAGCUGGAUGGAGAGUGGUACUUUGUAGUGGCAGACAGCUCCAAGGCAGGCUCCACCAGCAUUUAUCGCUGGAACAGCAAUGGUUUCUACACCCAUCAGUCCCUCCAUCCCUGGCAUCGGGACACACAUGUGGAGUUCCUCGAUGUUGGGGGAAAGCCUCACCUCAUUCUCUCCAGUGCCUCUCAGCCACCGGUGGUUUACCAGUGGAACCGAGGCCAGAAGCAGUUCGCUUUCUUCUCCCAAAUCACAGAGCUAGCGGAUGUGCAGAUGGUCAAGCACUUUUGGGUGAGGAAAGUUCUUUACCUUUGCCUCACACGGUUCAUAGGUGACUCCAAGAUCCUACGCUGGGAAGGGCAACGUUUCAUAGAGAUCCAGACUCUUCCCUCACGGGGCUCAAUGGCAGUGUAUCCUUUCACAGUGGGCCUCCGCCAGUAUCUCAUCCUUGGAAGUGAUUUCUCCUUCUCCAGAGUAUACCUGUGGGAUGACCUCACUCAGCGCUUUCAGCCCUUCCAGGAGCUCAACAUGAGAGCCCCGCGAGCGUUCAGCUUGGUAUCUGUUGACAACAAGGACAUACUGCUGGCUGCCAGCUUCAAAGGCAACACCCUGGCUUACCAGCACCUGGUGGUGGAUCUCAGUGCCAAGUAGACAUGCUACAGUCAGAGCGCAAGGAGGUGUUCCUGAGCAUUUAUCAACAUGUGCCAAAUAAAUGAAAGACUGCAAAAUGUUUAAGCCAUGUAACUAAAGGUCUGCUGUUUCACCUGAUGUUUUAAGCGAGGCAACUAAUAAAAUGAUGAUCUAUUUUUAUGCACUAACCCUUAACAUCUGAAUGAAAUAAUGUGAUAACACACAGCAUCAGUAACACGCCAACAUUACUGCCGCAUUACUGCUUCUGUUCUGCCAACCAUAUAUUUAGGCCAAUUAUUUUUUCAAACGUAUUAUAUUGUAUACUGUACUUUACUAAUGUGAAAAUGAUGUGCAUGUGCAUCUACUGAAUUACUCACUGGAUGAGACUGGAUGAGAUGGGAUAUUGUAAAACUAUAAAGGUUUUGUAAGUUACACAGUGUAGUUUAUCUGUGUGGCAUUUUGCAUGACAUGGUACACAUGAUAUAACUAUGUAAAAUAAGCAAUACUUACCUGCGCAAUACUUUGAAUCCUUUGUUGUGUUUAUCUUUAUAUAUGAGAUGCCCUUGAAUUUGUUUUGGAUAUAAUGGUCAUUUUGCAAUAAUAACAUGAUAUCAGAGUCGGCCUGACGCAUGAGCAAACUAAGGCUUCAAAAUGAACGGAAAAUGUGAAGUUUUUAAAGAUGAUAUCCUUGGUUUUGUCUUCCAAAUCCCAAAACAUCCCAGCAGUUGACGACAGUGGGGUCUUUUGGGCGGCAACUUGGGGAUUAAAUUAAAAACAAAACUGAAAGGUGUUGUAAAAAAAUGUGGGAAUUUCUGGGAGCUAUAACAAGAACAGGGAUGAUUAUUAAAGUUAUAAAAACUUAGAACCCUUUGCUAUGUUUUUAUGUACAGUCACAAACUAUUGUUGCUGUGUACAUUUGCACAUUGAAUAGAGUGGGUGGGAAAGGGGUACGAUUAAAUCCAGCUUAUGGCCCCUAAAAAGUCCUGUGUCCUGUCUUAUGUGGUUAGAACAUCUUUUCAAAAACAACUCCAAACACAACUUCUGCAGCUAUUAAUAGUUU